CGUUUGCUGCUACUAAGAAAACUGAAACAUUUAAUUCGGAGCUGCCGCUUUUAAGACUUCAAAACACUUCAGUCAGACGCUAAUUAACGUUCGUCUGCCAAAAUAUUAUUGUUCCUUAAACAUUUUUCCACGCCGGCAUUAUGACAGCAAAUCGUUAAAAAAACCCACUGAAUUCCCAGUGUUAUUGAAUGCCUCAUGAGUCCCCAGUUUGUAUUCCGCCAUUGCAGUCAGUUUCAUUGAUCGGAGCAGUCUUAAAACAACUCAACGACAAACUUUUCUUUUAAAGAAAAUAUCCAAGUGUUGAACUGUACAUCUGCACAUUUUGAUAAAAGAGCCGUAUGGCUUCGUUCCUUUGUACGUCACGCACCCGGCGUGUCACCUUGAUUCCAGAAGUGACCGCUGUAGCGUUAGUUGGCGUUUUGAAAUGAGUGUAGUGGUGCGGAACCUCCAAAAGGUGGUGCCUCUCCGCCGUGCCAGGCUGCGAAAGGACGCCGACACGAUAAGACACAUCCUCGGCAUCAGGAACUUCGACCUGGGCAUCGUUUGUGUCGACGACCGCAGGAUCCAGCAGAUAAACCACACGUACCGGAGGAAGGACCGACCCACGGACGUCCUCUCUUUCCCAUUUCAUGAGGGAUUAAGACCUGGAAAGAUGCCAUGCUCCCUUCAUAGAGAUGAACUGAACCUAGGGGAUAUUUUCCUGGGUGUGGAGUUUAUUAUGAGACAGUGUCAGGAAGACUCCUUAGAUCUUCACGGAACACUAACUGUUAUGAUUGCCCAUGGUAUCUGCCACCUUCUUGGUUACCGACAUGAGACCGAGGAGGACUGGAGUGAGAUGCUGCAGAAGGAAAGCUACAUCCUUGGCGAGUACAACAGACUGACAGGGCAACAUUUGCUGCCGCUGAUGAAGAGAUGCCACGAGGAUAGAUGAUACGGAUACUUUUGAGUUGAAUUGUGCAUUUGUAUAAUACUCUGGCAGCAGAGAUAAAGUGGAUUUCUUUCCGAACACAAAAUAAACAUAAUAUUAUGGAUUUAAAACAGUCCGUGUACUUUUGUUGUAAUAUUUUAUUACAAUCUUCUGUAAGAAUAUGUCGGUUGGGCGCAAGGGGCUAAAAAGAGCUGCUUGUUCUUCACAAAACUGUUGCAUCUGCUUUACACAGCAAUCCAAGGAUAGUGUGGUCGAAGUCAGUCAAAGAAGACUUCCGAGGUGGAAAUAAUAAUUUGUCUUUGUGUACACAAAGUGCCAGCAGUUUGAUACAACUGUGUCACUGUUGAGCAAUGAAAGAAAAGUCUUGUAUUGGCAAACUAACUUGAAGGGAUGGACGUGACGGUUAAGAGACUUUAAUUGGGUAUGACAACAUACUGUAUCUUGCUUCCCUGGUGGUCUAGUAGGAUUCAUGGGGAAAUAAACCCUUAGUUGCAAUAAAUAGAAAAAUCAGACUACAAAAUUGUUACAAAUAUUGGAAAAAACAAGGUAAAGCUUGUCACGUACAUUGUCUAAAAUAUUAAAGAGGCACAACAUCAAAACUCAAGACAGGUCUUUGCUGGGAAUUGUUAACACGUGAAGCACGAAAAGCAGCUGGGAAAAAAAAAUAAAUCCACACAGCAAGUCCAAUUGACCAAUUUGUGCCAGGACAGAUAUUGCACCAAAUGUACCCGCUAAAUACGACAACCCUCUAACUCUAUAAUAGAUCAUAAUCCAACAUAGAGUAUCUUUAUUUACUUCAUAAAGGAAAUAAAGAGUUAGAAAAACAUAGAAGCUCCAAUAUUAACAUCUGCUAUUUUACAGCUGUAUUUAAGUGAACGUGUGGCAACAACAUUAACGUUUUCAUUAUGUAUCGACAAAGAAAUGUAACCUUUACAAAACAGAUGUUUGAUAAAACCUUAGCAAAGAACCGAAACCCCCAAAACAUGAAGGAAACAUUGUUCAUUUGAAGUUUUAACUGCAUUUCUGGCAACUGCUGGUCAUGACAGUUUUACACCUUGGUUUUAGCAAAAUAGGUGUUACUGUAACCUGUCAAAAGGACACGUUGAUGAAAAGUGCCACAAACGAGCAAUAGGAGAGCAAUCAGUAGUAGCUUAGGUUGUUGAGAGGAAACACCAGUCAAUUUAUGUUCGGGUGUUACCGUUUGGGUACAAAGACGGAGACCUCAGAGGGGCUGCAGGACAUUCCUCCCCACGUCCGAGGUACUACUCGCCCCGGCCUUCUCCAUUUCUGACAGCUGCUCAAACACAUCCCUGAGGAUACACACAAUGUAUGUUACACUCUGCACUAAUGAUGAGUAAACACAAAUAAAAGGUAUCAAAUCAUUUUCCGGGAACUUGUGUGGCGGCUCUUCCUGCCUUACAAAGAUGACAUGCGGGUAGUGUUGUCCCAAUACCAAUAUUUUGGUACCGGUACCAAAUUGUAUUUCGAUAGUUUUCGGUACUUUGAUACAUUUCUAAAUAAAGGGACCACAAAAAUGGCAUCAUUGGCUUUAUUUUAACAAAAAAUCUAACGGUACAUUAAACGUAUGUUCCUUAUUGCAAUUUUGCCCUUAAAUAAAAUAGUGAACAUACUAGAUCUUAGUAGUAAGUAAGCAAACAAAGUCUCCUAAUUUAGCUGCUGACAUAUGCAGUAACAUAUUGUGUCAUUUAUCAUUCUAUUUUAGAGGCGAUAUAUCCAUAUACUCGAUAUAUCCAUAUACUCAAUAUAUCGCGGGUUUGUUUCUGUGCGAUAUAGAAAAUGACUAUAUCGUGAUAUUCGAGUAUAUGUUCUCACGCAGUUGCUUUUAGCUGCGGGCAUUACACUACAUGCGUUUCUCACUCUUUCUUGUCUCUCCUUCUCACAGAGACAUAAAACAAGCGCACCUUCUUACAUACGUCACAUACAUGUACGCCCUCGCGGAGCAGAGAGGUAACGUUAGCUGUGGUGCGAGUGGUAAUACGAGAGAGAGAAGGUGCGAAUCUGGUAACAAAUGAAGGAAGAAUUAAUUCCCAAGAAAAACAGCAGGGGGUCCAUCGUCUGGAUGUGGUUUGGCUUCAAGCGGGAAGAUGUCGAACAGACAACCGUAAAUUGUCGAGUGUGGGGCAAAAGCGUUGCUACAAAAAGUAGCAUUACUGCUAAUUUGUAGCAUCAUUUGAAAAGUCACCCGCUAGAGAAUGAAGACUGAUUGAAACUCCGCAUGUCAACAUCUCCGUUCGGUGCCACACCAACAACCAUUUCCACAUCAACACCGUAUGAAAAAAAUAGUCAACAACAGAAGGAGAUAACGUCCGCAGGAACCUACCACAUAGCGAAGGACAUACACUAUUUGAUUUCCUAUUAUGCAGCUCAUUUUUAUUUGACAGUUAUUGAAAUAUCUUGCACAAAAGUGCACUUUAUUUGUUUUAAACUAUUGUAGUGGCGUUCUGUACAAAAAGUGCACUUUAAUUUAGUGUUGUUUUGAUAUCAUGCACAAAAGUGCACUCAUAGCUUGUUUUAAAAUGUCUCUGACAAUCUUGCACUUUCUGUUUUGGAAAUGACAUGAAUGUUUGUGCCACUGCUUAAUAACUGUUUAAUAAAUACACUUUUGGUCAAUUGACUUAGUUGUGAUUUCCUUCUCUGCAUGAAAGUUUAAAAUGAGCAUAUAUUAAUGCAGUAUGAAGAAGAAUGUUUUAAUGUAGACACAUAGAAUCAUCAUAAUGCUGUGAUUAUAUGCAUCAAGUGUUAGUUCAAGGCUAAGGCAAAAUAUGGAGG